GACACCCUCCCAAACAAACCGAGGUCUCCCCGCACCGAACUUCGGAACGAAGAGCGAGAGAGCAGCUGGACAUCUGCUCGUCCACACGACCCACUGGGUGUGAUUGCGAUUUAUUUUCAGUGCUUCAGUCAUGGAGAGAUUUAUUCGUCCAGUUUCCCGGCAACUCUUGAGACCGCGCCUUCGUUAUCCCUUUGCCAUUCCUGCUCCUAUCCACACUAAACGCCUAGUUUCCACCAUGGGUUACAACGUUCCUCAGCUCAAAGAUCAAUCCCUCUUCAUUCAAAAGGCAUACGUCAAUGGCGAGUGGGUAGACGCUCAAUCCGGACAGACAUUUGAAGUCCACGACCCUGCCUCCGGAAAGCUCAUCGGAACAUGUCCCGAAUUCUCCGCCGCAGACACAGAGAAGGCUAUCCAAGCCGCCAAAGAAGCCUUCCCCAAAUUCCGCACAACGCUUUCCCGCGAGCGCGCCCGCAUGCUGCGCAGAUGGUACCAGCUCAUGAUCGACAAUGCCGACGACCUAGCCACCCUGAUAACCUGGGAAAAUGGAAAGCCGCUCGCCGACGCCAAAGGCGAGGUGAACUACGCGGCCAGCUUCUUCGAAUGGUUCAGCGAAGAAGCUCCCCGCAUCUACGGUGACACCAUCCCCUCCUCCGUGCCCGGAAACCGGGUCAUGACCCUGAAGCAGCCCGUCGGUGUCUGCGGUCUCAUCACACCCUGGAACUUCCCCGCCGCUAUGAUCACCAGAAAGAUCGGCCCUGCCCUCGCAGCCGGCUGCACCGUCGUCGCGAAGACCCCCGGUGAGACGCCCUUCACGGCUAACGCUCUCGCCGAGCUGGCCCACCGCGCCGGUAUCCCCAAGGGUGUCGUCAACAUCGUCACCGCAUCCCAGAACACCCCCGAGGUCGGCGAAGCCAUCACCACCCACCCCGAGGUCCGCAAGGUCUCCUUCACCGGCUCCACCAACGUCGGUAAGCUCCUCAUGAAGCAGUCUUCCUCGACCAUCAAGAAGGUCUCCUGGGAGCUCGGCGGCAACGCCCCCUUCAUCGUCUUCGACGACGUCGAGGACCUUGACGCUGCCGUCGCCGGCGCUGUGGCCUCCAAGUUCCGUAGCUCCGGACAGACCUGCGUGUGCGCGAACCGCAUCUACGUGCAGCGCGGCAUCUACGAUGAAUUCGCCAAGCGCUUCGCCGAGAAGGUCAAGGACUUCAAGCUGGGUGCGGGCUUCGAAGAAGGCGUUACCCACGGUCCGGUUAUUCACGAUCGCGCCGUCAACAAGGUCGACGAACACGUCCGCGACGCUGUGUCCAAGGGCGCAAAGGUCCUGACGGGUGGUCAGAAGGCCGCUCACCUUGGUCCUAACUUUUACGACUUGACCGUCCUCACGGAGAUGAACAAGGAUAUGCUUGUCGCUUCGGAGGAGACUUUCGGUCCCGUGGCGGGUCUUUUCCCCUUCGAGACAGAGAAAGAAGUCGUUGACCUGGCUAACAAGGCUGAGGUCGGUCUGGCGGGAUACUUCUUCAGCAGUAAUGUCAAGCGCAUCUUCCGUGUCGCAGAGGCCCUGGAGGUCGGUAUGGUUGGUGUUAACACGGGACUUAUUAGUGAUGUUGCUUCGCCGUGAGUAUACCCUUGCUUGCUUUUCUUAUUUGUGGAAUGUUGUUGUUGAAUGACUCUUGCUGACUGAUUUGAUUGAAUAGAUUCGGCGGUGUCAAGCAGAGUGGCUUUGGUCGCGAGGGCAGCAAGUAUGGUAUU